CCACCCGGAGCCCCGGGGCGUGCAAGGCUCGCGGCUGCUGGGAAACGCCCGCUGCAAACCCCUUGACCCUGCCCUGUAACUGACCCUUGGGGAAAAGCCCCCCGCACCGCUACUGCGCAUGCUCUGAGUUGGACAGCUCCAGAGAGGGAAAUUUAAAAACGGUUCGAGCCGCGACGGCGACCAAAGUGCGGGACGCGAGGGGCGAGCGGGAGAGAAACCCCCCUCCGAUCCCCCCUCCCGCCCAGGAGCGCCUGCAGCGGCGGCCGGCGUGGAUCGGCUCCAGGAGAUGAUAGAAAGUGACAUCUCAUCCAUGAUGUCAGGAAUUAUUCGAAACUCGGGGCAAAAUCACCACCCCUCUCCACAGGAAUACAGACUCCUGGCCACUACCAGUGAUGAUGACUUUCCUGGGGACCUGCAGUCGCUGUCGUGGCUCACGGCCGUGGAUGUGCCGCGGCUACAGCACAUGGCCAGUGGCCGUGCGGGCCUGGGCGGCCCCAGUGCACCACACCCACACCCAGGUGCCUUAGCCAGGACAGCUGACCUGCAUAUGGGAGCCACCCCAGGUCCACUGCUCCAUGGCCUGGCUGGCACGGCCCCCCCAGGCGUGCUGGGCCUGGGCCCCAUGGGCAGCCACGGAGCCAGUCAGAUGAACCAGCUCCCUGUGGGGGCCCAGCCCUCAUCCGGCCUGCAGGAGCCACCACAGCUCUACUCCCCCACCUCCCAACCACAGUUCCCACUCCCCGCAGGCACCCAGCAGUGCCCUUCUGUGGGCCUCUAUGGCUCCCCAUUUGGGGCACGGCCUCUCUACCCCCAGCCCCGCGUGGCCAUGCAUUCAUCUCAGGAACUGCACCCGAAACACUACCCCAAGCCCAUCUACUCAUACAGCUGUCUGAUCGCCAUGGCCCUGAAGAACAGCAAGACAGGCAGCCUGCCGGUGAGCGAGAUCUACAGCUUCAUGAAGGAGCACUUCCCCUACUUUAAGACGGCACCUGACGGCUGGAAGAACUCAGUACGGCACAACCUUUCCCUGAACAAGUGCUUCGAGAAGGUGGAGAACAAGAUGAGUGGCUCCUCGCGCAAGGGCUGCCUAUGGGCGCUGAACCUGGCCCGCAUCGACAAGAUGGAGGAGGAGAUGCACAAGUGGAAGAGGAAGGACCUGGCCGCCAUCCGCAGGAGCAUGGCCAACCCCGAGGAACUGGACAAGCUGAUCUCAGACCGACCGGAGAGCUGCCGACGCCCUGGCAAACCGGGGGAGCCCGAGGUCCCCGUGCUGACCCAUGCAACCACCGUGGCCAUGGUGCAUGGCUGCCUACCUGUCUCCCAGCUCCCACCCCAGCCACUGAUGACCCUGUCUCUGCAGUCGGUCCCCUUGCACCACCAGGUCCAGCCCCAGGCACAUCUCGCCCCGGACUCUCCUGCGCUGGCCCAGACCCCACCCCUGCACACCCUGCCGGAGCUGAGCCCCAGCCCCCUGCCCCAGCCCGCCAUGGGAAGGGCGCCUGCGGACUUCAUCAACAUCAGCACCGACAUGAACACCGAGGUGGACGCCCUGGACCCCAGCAUCAUAGACUUUGCCCUGCAGGGAAACCUCUGGGAGGAGAUGAAGGAGGAGGGCUUCAGUCUGGAUGCGCUGGGGGCCUUCGGAGACUCCCCACUUGGCUGUGACCUCGGGGCCUCGGGCCUGACCCCCGUUCCUGGCAGCAGUGACCAGUCCUUCCCAGACUUGCAGGUGACAGGGCUCUACACCGCGUACUCAACCCCAGACAGCGUACCCGCGUCAGUUGCCACCUCCUCCUCUCAGUACCUGGGUGCCCAGGGCAACAAGCCCAUAGCCCUGCUUUGAGCCGAGAGCCUCGCCUGCCCUGGAACCGGGGCCCAGGCAGAGCGCCCACCCAGCCAGGUGUUCCCGGAAGCAAGGCCCCUCCUGUCCCCACAGGCCUCUGAAACUUUGGUGGGGCUGCUGGCUUACAGGCAAGCAGUUCCUGUCGGCGCCCCCGGCCCUCACACCUCCGCUGCGAGCCUUGAGGCCUCCCCAGUCGGGGGGACAGAGGGUGGACAGGCAUCCUGGACUCCCAAGCUCCCUGACCCUCCUCCCAGACCUGAGACACGCCAUCUCCAGCCUGGUUCCCAGCUGUGCUCCCAGCGACCUGCUGCCUGCUUCGGGACUCACUGGUGUGCCGGGGAAACACCCCAGCUGGAGGGCCCUUUAAUUUAUUCUUCUGGGAUGAAACCUCCUCCUUAGCCUCCAGCGGACAGGCUCUGAGGCUGGGAGCACCUGGCAGACCUUUUGACCAACAGGCUGAACUCUGAAAUGGGUGCCCCCUGCGGCCUCCAGGCCCACUUCUCCAGUAGCCUGUCAGACCCUCACAGAGCAGAUCCCCUGGCCCUGCCAGGCACUGUGACCUUGUGUACAUUUAUUUAUAUUUAUUGGAGCCCAUCCACACAAGCUGUUCAAACCCCGCCCGUGGGCCCUGGACUGAGACUCCCAGGCCCGCCCCCACACCUUGCAAUCCUAACACCUAAAUCAUCAAUGACUUGCAUCCUCUGCUGGCUCUCCCACCCUCUGCAGACUUGGGCUGCUUUUUAGAACAAGCACUUCCGAUACUAUCAAACACAUUGUUAAAAAUCUGAGACCAGUUAUUUUCUAACUGUUCAAUCAUGAUUCAGAUCUCUUCCCAUGUACGCCUAAGAGGCAAGGCGAGGAGCCAUAGUUUGAAGUUCUGGAGCUUUCUAAGGCAAAGCAGGAUGGGAAUG